AUGAUUCAACGAUUGAAUUCAGUGUAUAUGGUAAAAAAUAACCUCAAGAAGUUUAGAGACAUUAUUUCUGAAUCCGUAUUAACUAACAUUAAGAAUUUGAAUGUAUAUGUAGUUGGUGAAGUUGGACACCCCAAAGCGAAAGUUAUUCGUAUUGUGCAUAUCUCAGAUACAAGGGGGGCACAUGAUGCCUUCACAGAAAAUAUUCCGCGAGGACAUAUUCUGAUUCAUUCUGGCGAUUUUACAUCUCACCCACCUUCACUCAGCCUCCGCUUUUCAACAUGGUGUAAAAGUAUAACUGGUAAACUUCCUCGAUUUAAAAAGCGCCAUUCAUCACCCAUUAAGAACUGGAAACAACAAAUCAAAGAGAUUGAUAAUUUUUUUGCUCAACAGCCACAUGAUUUUAAAAUCUUUGUUCCGGGUUGCUGGGAAACAUGGUAUUCGGAUUCAUCUGGUGACUGUCCUACGCCUGAAAAAAUUCAGUCUCAGCUGACAUCAGCCAUUUAUCUUGAAGACUCCUGGUGUCAGGUUUUUGGGUUGACGAUUUACGGUAUUCCUUGGACUUCAGCUGACGACUUAAGGCCAGAAGACGGAGCAUUUGUACAGAAGCAUUUAAGUCAUUAUACAAAUUUUAAACUUAAAACUUCAAUUAGCUGUCUGCGAUUUACUGAAAAAGCUAAUGGUCAAACAUCAUCCAAACCCACCACUACCGUCUCUGGCCCAUGUCAGUCUAAAGGUUUUGUGCUGCCUAAUAUUGACGAUGUUUCUAAACAAUGGAUGCAUAUUCCAGAUAAUACUGAUGUCGUUGUAACUCACAUGCCUGCAUGGCGUCCUGAACUUUACGCCCAUAUAGCCGAUCGUGUUAAACCUGUUUUACACCUAUGUGGUCAUGAUUUUGCUGGGUAUGGAGUGAUGUGGAAAAAAGGAACUCUCUUUUGUAAUGCUGCUUUACAGCUCACUCCAACAUUUCCGUCUACUGGUUUACCUAGGCGUCAUUCCAAAAAAUCAGUUAAACACAAGUCACAUGACUCUAAUGAGUAUUCUUAUGCGCUUGGUGAUUUUCGGGAACCCCCACUGUACACAGCGAAACCCAAUGGUCGACCCCGACCUCCAAGAUGGCAACGAGGUUUACCAAAACAACUAUCUCGUUUAUUUUCAACUAACCAAAGUUCCACUGGUUGUUCUUUUUUCCGGCGUACUCGUACACUCAGUUCUGUUGUAGUUACACCGACACAGAGUUCAAAAGCUGCAGUAGCUCAUACCAGCGCUGAUAUUGGAUUUAUAUAUGAUCCAGAUAUGCGUGCCGGGAUUGGCGCAAUGGCUGUUAACGAUCCAACAUGUAGUGGUAGUACACAUAUAGGAUAUGCUAGCGGUGGAACUGGUUUAUCUGGCAGUAAUGUAUGUUCUUCUGCUUGUCGUCGCAGUCCUAUCGUUGUAGAUGUUUAUGUUGUCAAUGAUGAUCAAAGUGUAAUCCUUCCCCCAUACGCCAGUUCUCUAAUAAAUAUAUUAAAUACUCAGGAAUGUACAAUUCAUGAUUAAUCACAAUUAUUAUUAUCAUUUCAUUUUACUUAUUCAUAAAAACAUAACUUUAUCGAUUUAUAAAGUAAACUGUUGUAAUAUUGUUCACACAUAUCCAUGCCAUUUUUCGAAUGCAUAAACUUAAACAUAAUUGUUAGGAGAAAUAACGGGAAUCGAUUCUUUUAAUUUGAGUUUUAUCACCUUACAACGUUGUUUAAAGAAGCAGCAAAAAUGUAACGUGAGUUGAACUUCAAGAGUAGCACACGUUUCUCUAUCUACUUUACAGAUAUAAUUUUUAUCUAGUUAACUCAAAGUAUACAUUUUUUACAACCUUAUGUGUGUAUUAUGCAUAAAUAAUUAAAUCUGUAUAUUUUAAGAAAAUAUUUUACAAGCAAAUUAAUUCUUAUCUGAAUUAUUUUUAAUAACUGUUAAAUGAGAUAAAUAAAUGUAUUAAACAUUUUCGU